AUGAUGGCCAGCACUCGCGUGCUUGCACCGCACCCCGUAUCGAACCUGCGCAGGAUCGAGCGGGUGCCACGCGCAGACGAGACACGCGCAGAGAAGCGCUUGAGGUUACAACUAGACGCAGACCAUGAGUUCCACCAGCGAUUCUGGCACAAGAACAAUACGGACUUUAAGCAGGCGAGGGAGGCGUUCUUGGAAGAGCAUCGUGAGGACAUGAGUGCUGGGAGGUUGCCAGCGCACUUGAUGGCGGAGUUUUACUGUUCAUUUCUCGAGGCACAUCGCGAAGACCACAUCACCUACAACUUGGAAUGGUGGGGUCGUGCAGCACGCCAAAUCCCGCUCUACGUCCACGCAUAUGUCAGCCGUUUCUUCACUUUUUCCUGGUUGACCCUGCAGCCCCAACAUUCUGAGCUGCAGGAAGGCCCAUCUUCACAACCCGUGUCCUGCGAACACUGCGGUGCAUGUGGAUAA